UUUUAUAGAAGACCCGUUUCUUAUCUUCUACCAGUGGAACUCAAAUCCACCAUUCAUGGCUUCCUCUCUAUCUACAAACCUCAAAUUCACCUUACAACAUUCUUCUGUAACUCUUCCACCACCAAAAUCAACCACCAGAAGAAAAAUCUCAGUACGAUGCGGUCCACGAAGCAACCGUGGACCUCUAGUUAAGGGCCGAAUACUAAGCAUCGAAGCAAUCCAAGCGAUUCAAGCUCUAAAACGAGCUCAAAGAACUGACCCUUCUCAAAUCGAAGCUCAAGUCUCAAAAACCCUAAAUCGUCUUAUCAAAACAGAUCUAAUUGCUGCCUACAAAGAACUUCUACGGCAAGACCUUUGCGAUUUGGCCCUCAAAGUAUUCCCAGCCGUUCAAUCGGAAUGUGAUGUCCCUGAUUUAGGGCUUUAUGCUGAUAUGGUCUUAGCUUUGACCCGGACAGGUUUUGCUGAACCUAUCGAUGAAUUGAUUUGUGAUUUGGAGAAAGUGGGAAGGAUUGAGUGUGAUGAUAAGUCGCUGGUAAGGUUGGUGAGGGCGUUGGUUGAAGGUGAACAGGUGGAAUCUACUGUUAGGGUUUAUGAAUUGAUGAAAAAGAGUGGAUGGGGUUCUAGAUUUGAGAUUGAUGAAUAUGUAGCUAAGGUUUUAAGAAGAGGGUUUAAGAGAUUUGGUAAAGAAGAAAUGGCUGAUGAAGUUGAUCAACAAUUACAGAGAUCGUCCAGAUUAGUGUAGGAGAAACAUUCACAGAUUUUGUUCACUUCCAUCUGUAUAUUAUUGUAGUUCUUAGUAAGUAUACAUUGUUACUGUUUGCUUCGAUUCUAUAAUAUCGAAAAAGAUUUGCCAAAG